CGCGCAUCUUCAAUCCUAUUUAAACUCAUUUCUCAUCCGACAUUCCCUUCCUUUACCACGUAACUCAAUGUCCGCACCACCCCCACCCGAACGUAAAUUCCGCUUCCCUCCCUUCCCCGAUGUCCCCGAGGGAGUAACGAUCACACCCUUCGCGCAGUUCCAGCAGUCCGGGAUCUGCACGACGAUUGGCGCGGAUGGGGUGGAGCGCGAUGCGCUGGGAAUCCCCACGAUCGAACUGAGGAGCACAAGCGACGCUAAGACAGGCGAUGCGGGCGCGGGCGCGCCACUGCCCGGACUCAAGGUUUGGUGGGAGGAGUGGGACGUCGCGGAGAACACGAGGACGUGCGUGUACGAUGAGAGUGAGGCUGCGGCGAAUCGAUUGCAGCAGGCCGCGACGGACUUCACUAAGUCGCGUCGGUGGCCCCUGCCCUCAACUAAUCUCGAACAUUCAUGGCACCAGUUUAGAAUCUAUGCAGGUCUCCUCACACCGCAGCCUACCUUGAAAAAAACUGCUCAGAUGUUCAACGCCGGAGAAGCCGACCAAGACGAUGGUGAUGGCGAUCCGGAAGGCGGGCAGGACGACCAAGACGACCUCAGAGCCGCGGAUCAAGCGCCACCGCAAACGUGCGAAAUGGACCGUCCCUCGCCUCACGCUUCAUCCGAGUUGUCCGGGACGGAUGCCCCACAGAAAAAAUCCCAGGAGCAGAUCCAGAAGCUUCUCGAAGAGGCGCGUUCCAGAAAGGACGAGACAUUGGCGCACUUCCUGGGCGAUCCCGCGCGCGCAAUCCGGCUGUUCUUGUCUUCCUGGAUGAAGUACCAGGGGUUAUGCUACUACGAACCGAAUCUGAUCAACACGCCGCGCCUGCUCCAUUUCUUCGUGCGCUAUCUUCGCCGGAACCGCGUGCUUCCGGACAAGACCUCUGAUCGCAGCCUUGCCAAGGCCAUGGAGAUCAUCGAUACAGCGCUCAUGGAACUACCCCUUACUUCGAAAGUCUCUAGGGAGCUGAGGGACGCGUUCUCUCGAGCGUGUAGUACGCAGUGGGGUAGCAAAGAAGAGAACUUGUGGGACUUGCUGGGUCAUGAUCGCUUCGAAGAGCUCAGCGACGCACCGAACGAGGUGCUCAGCGACGAGCCGAACGACGGGCAGGCCCUCCUCACGAACGAGGACAUCGAGGUGAUCGCCGAAGAAGCUGCGUUCGAUCCGAGCUCGUUCUAUCCGGAGGCCGACGAGGACCCCCAUCUGGCCUGGGCGGACCCCUUGCCGCCAGUCAUGCUCGAGUCCCUAGUAGGAGCGGCCGGUGUCGGAAUAGCUUCCACACACACGGCGGGUAUGGUUGAGCGCUCGAUGCGCCGGGUUCGCCAGAUCCUCGAGCCCGUACAGAACGUGCCGCCGCCCAGCGCACCGCUGGACGGCCCUGGGCCAGUCCCGGACGACGUCGAACGCGCUUUGGAGGGGCGCCUCUGGCGUGUCGUGCUGGAGCCGUGGCCGAAUUGGGAUGGCGAAGAAAGCUCGGAUGUGUUGGCGGAGCCGGAGACUCUGCGCUGCUCACAGGAACCGCUCAGACUGAAGCACUCGUUUGAUGGGGACAUCACGAUCCUUGUGACUGCAGAGUCUGCUGCGCUUUUGCGUGUCGGGAUGGGUGUUGGAGGAAUUUGGGUUCAAAUGGCCCGCCAGGGAGACUUCGAAGAGGAAGAUCCCACCAAGAAAAAGAAGCUGACCAAAGCCCAAAAGGAGAGGCUGAGGCUGCGCUACUGGUAUGUUGAAGAUGUCGCAAAUGUUCUGCCCAGUUACUGGCUUGUUUGAUUGUUCAUUAUCAUCCACUCGCUCAUCGUUUAGUUCUGUAUAUGCUUUGCUGUAUCUUGCCACCCUCACCAAAUACUGUAUCAACAACGGAAACCGAAUAAAUGAAUGUACAUUGCAUUCCGC